GACGUGCGUUUCCUGGGGGGAAGGCAGCUGCUCGGUCCACGGUGAAAACCACCGUCAGAUCCAUCAACAAAAAAGCCACGAAGAAGAUAAAACCCAGCAACCCAGUGGUCGCUCCCGGCCAAGCCAACAGUCUCCCACAGAACCAGCACAGAGACCCGCGGUACUGGUACCUGUUGACUACCAGCGUUAAAACCAACAGUUUAAUCAAAUGAGAAUUUACCAGUGACAAAGAGGACAAUGAUGAAGAUGACUGAGGAGGAGCGGGAGUGUAAAGUGAAGGAGGAGGCUUACUGGUACAGCCUCGCCAGGGUUCCAGCCAGCCUGAGUUCAUGUUCCACCAAACUGGAGUGAACCAGCAUGUACAAGUCGUCGGGUCUGCUGCUGUACUGCCAGAAAAACACCACCCAGCAGGGCACCAGCAGCUCCCCCUACCCGGCCUCCCUCUCACCAGCAUCUUCGUCCUGGUCCGAAUCCAUCUCCUCCUUGUCCUGCUGCAGGGAGGACCUGGACAAUCUUCCCACGCCAUUGAGCUCGUCUUUCAGCUCGGCCUCAGGGAACCUGAGCCUGUCCCUGGUGGAUAAAGACCUGGACUCGUGCAGCAGCGAGGGCAGCCUCGGGUCUCACUUCGAGCUCCCGGAUUAUUGCACAUCGGAGCUGUGGCCACCUCUGCCAGUGCUCAGUAUGCGGGGAGCAAGCAGCUUUGGGGGUCACACACUGCGGUACUGAUGCAAAAGGACCAAUGACAUGAAAUCACCUUGACAGGGUUUUAUGGAUUUAGUUUUCAGUCGCUCGGGUCUGAACCAGCACCCGAACUAUGCAUUCCCAUCCAGAACCAGAAGUGACUUUUAUUAGCACUAAUAUCAAGGAUUAAUUUUUUAAAUGGUUUUGUUUCCUUCCUUUCCAGCAGCAGGACUGACGUAUCAGCUUCAGGCCUGUGGUGUGUGUGCCUCCGUCCUUUUUAUUUUGGGGCUCUGUGGCUCCUCUUGGUGUCCCGACAUGUUUCAAACCCAGGCGACCAGAGGUAUGGCAGGAAACAGUUUUUAAUAUUCCAGUAACCAAACGUACCUCAUCAUUUUAAACAAUAUCCACAAGGAAAACUAUUGUCAGGCUUAUUUUUGUAGUCAGAGGGAAUGUCAGCGGCUUUUUCAGGCAUUUCUUGUACCAUUUUUCAUCAGACUGUUACUUGUUACUGGGCAUGUGAGGGUCACACCCCUGCAGCCUGCCUUGCUUUAAUGCCAUGCUGAAGUUUUAACCCACGUGCAGACCGAUGGUCACGGUUGGACUGUCUGGGAGAACCGGUACCAGAUCCAGGAUUAUAUAUGUCGUGUAAAAUAGUAAGAGUAGGAGUUUAUGUAUAUUGUGUGAAUGAGUCCUUGGAAGCAGGAGAACUGGAUCUUGUUACAUCUUAACAUCAUCAGUGGCACAUCUUUGUUUGCUCAUUAUUUUUGUGGCCUUUUAUUGUGGCCA